ACUUCAUUCUACUCGAUGUUAGUCGUGGAUGGAAAUUCGGGCUGUGUGAGCUGCACUAACGUCCAUGAGCAAAGUUCUAUCCAACAUCCCAUUCUGAAAGAAGCCAAAGGUGGUUUUGAACUGAAACCUAAGUUAUAUCUGGAGGAAGACCAAGAUUACCUGAUUCCAGCAAACAUGGAUGGAAGACCCACCUGUGACCAGUGUGGGAAGACUUUCACCAGAAGUAGUGGGCUGAAGAAACACCUACGCAUCCACACUGGAGAAAGACCAUAUGACUGUGACCAGUGUGGAAAGACUUUCACCUCAGAAAGUAAUGUAAAAGUCCACCAACGCACCCACACUGGAGAAAGACCAUAUAACUGUGACCAGUGUGGGAAGACUUUCACCAGAAGUAGUGGGCUGAAGAAACACCUACGCAUCCACACUGGAGAAAGACCAUAUGACUGUAACCAGUGUGGAAAGACUUUCACCUCAGAAAGUAACUUAAAAGUCCACCAACGCACCCACACUGGAGAAAGACCAUAUUACUGUGACCAGUGUGGAAAGACUUUCAGCUUAGCAAGUAACUUAAAAGUCCACCAACGCACUCACACUGGAGAGAGACCAUAUAACUGUGACCAGUGUGGGAAGGCUUUCACCUCUACAAGUGACUUAAAAAGCCACCAACGUGUUCACACUGGAGAAAGACCAUACGAAUGUGAUCAGUGUGGGAAGACUUUCACCAAAAUGGCUGCACUUAAAAUCCACCAACGCAUCCACACUGGAGAAAGACCAUAUAACUGUGACCAGUGUGGAAAGACUUUCAUCACAACACAUGACUUAAAAAGGCACCAACGUGUCCACACUGGUGAGAGACCAUAUGACUGUGACCAGUGUGGAAAGGCUUUCACCUCUACAAGUGACUUAAAAAGCCACCAACGCGUUCACACUGGAGAAAGACCAUACGAGUGUGAUCAGUGUGGGAAGACUUUCAUUUUGGCAAACAAGUUAAGAAUCCACCAACGCAUCCACACUGGAGAGAAACCAUAUUACUGCGACCAGUGUGGGAAGACUUUCACCCGUAUGAGUGUGCUUAUAAUCCACCAACGCGUCCACACCGGAGAAAGACCAUAUUGCUGUGACCAGUGUGGAAAGACUUUCACGCGUAUAAGUCAGGAAGCAGGAGGUGACAUCACUGGUAAAGCGAGGGAAAGGAAGGGUAGAAAUCAGACCCACCUGAAAGCUGUGUGGUGGAGGGAAACUCAAACAAAGGAGAGACUGGAAGGAGGUUUGAUCGACAGGAGAAGUAACAACGAAAAGGAAAGGAGGAAAAGACUUAACGUGACUUUAAGUGAGGAAUCUGGAAGUGGACUGGUGUGGACCCAGGACUCUUGA